AUGGGUACCGGGCUUUUGGUUUCGGUUGAUCCAGAGGACAUCCUCCUCGAGGACGUCAAAGGUCUCACUCUCGAUCAAGUAGCCUACCUCGGGCACUGUCUCGUCGAAGUCACUCCAGAGACAUUCGACUCCAAUCUUGCAUUCCUGUGCCAGAAUUUCUCCAAACUUGAUAUAUACUUUGAUGUCAGGAAACUGAAAAGCUGGGACAAUGUCAUUGACGUUCUCAACAACGGGGCAUCCAAAAUAUUUGUCACUUUUGAGCAGCUCAAAGCUUUGUCGCAAGAGCCUACCAUUUCCCCCGAUCGCCUCGUAUUGACCAUCUCCCUUGUCAAUCCCAAAACCGAUAUCGGAAAGCUCAAGGCCUUUCUCGAGGAGAAUCCAAGAUGGAAGACUGCGGAAUGGGCGUUCGACGGCGACAAAGGAAACGAGUACGUGGACGCCGUGUUGAAAGAGCUGGAUAAUUAUCCUCCAAGUCAUGAUCAAACGAUAUUCGUGUCGGUUGCGAGCGAGACUGAAGGAAGGAAUCUGCUGCACGAGUAUCCGGGAAAUGCUCUGAUCAUCUCCUCCAAAAAGUUGACCUUCGAGCCUUCGAAGGAAGGAAACAAAGGCCUCAUACCUGCCGUGGAAUUGAUCGUCGCCGGUGCCACCGCGGACCGAAAGACCGGUCUCUAUGCAACCACGGUGGUUGAUGAGCGCGGUGUUGCGCUGGGUCUUGUUUGGAGCAGCAAAGAAAGCAUUGCCGAGGCGCUCAAGACCGGAACAGGCGUCUACCAAAGUCGAAAACGGGGGCUCUGGCACAAAGGUGCCUCGAGCGGAGACAUUCAGGAACUACUCAGUAUCGGCUUCGAUUGUGACAAAGACUGCUUGAUCUUUAGGGUCCAUCAGAAAGGGCAAGGCUUCUGCCAUCUUAGGACAAUGUCGUGUUGGGGCAAGGUUUCCGGACUCUCGAGAUUACAACGUACGUUGCAAGAACGCAAGAUCGAAGCCCCCCCAGGCUCAUACACUGCUCGACUUUUCAACGACCCCAAACUGGUCAAUGCCAAAAUCAAAGAGGAGGCAGACGAGCUUUGCGCAGCUACUUCAAAGGAAAAUAUUGCCUCUGAGGCGGCUGAUCUGCUCUUUUUCGCCCUUGCCAGAUGCAUCGCCGCGGACGUCACUUUGGAGGACAUUGAGAAGAACCUUGACCUGAAGAGUCUGAAAGUCAAGAGACGAAAGGGCGAUGCCAAACCCCAGUAUGUGGAAGAGAAGCCUGUUAAUGCAAUGUCACAACCCGAGGCCAACGGCGUCGAUGGGCUCAAAGAUGAAGAAGUUCAAGAGGCCGCAUCUGUUCCAAUGGCUCCCUCAGAUCCUGCUGGUGAGGCAGAAUCUGGUCGGAUACAACUGAAACGAUUUUCCACAUCACAAGCUUUCUCGGAUGACAUCCUCAAGGCUGCUCUACAACGACCUUCGCAAAAGUCGAACGAGAAAAUCAUGUCUCUUGUCCAUCCCAUUAUUGCCGACGUUCGUGCUAAUGGCGACGCUGCUGUCCUGAAGUAUACUCACAAAUUUGAGAAAGCCACUGGUCUGAAAUCUCCUGUACUAAAAGCACCCUUUCCUAAAUCGCUUAUGCAACUUCCCGAAGAGACCAUCAAAGCAAUCAACACCUCGUACGAUAACAUCCUCAAGUUCCAUGCUGCCCAGAAACCGUCAGCACCACUAGUCGUGGAGACAAUGCCUGGCGUGACGUGCUCCCGGUUUUCGAGACCGAUUGAGAAAGUCGGUUUAUACAUUCCGGGCGGCACUGCGAUAUUACCUUCAACAGCGCUCAUGCUCGGUGUCCCAGCCAUGGCCGCAGGAUGCAAGAACAUCGUCCUCGCAUCACCUCCAAGACCCGACGGAACCGUCACGCCGGAAAUCGUGUACAUCGCCCACAAAGUUGGAGCAGAAGCCAUCGUUCUAGCGGGCGGCGCUCAAGCUAUUGCCGCCAUGGCAUAUGGCACUGAAUCCAUUACUAAAGUCGAUAAAAUCCUUGGGCCUGGGAAUCAAUUUGUCACAGCCGCGAAGAUGAUUGUUAGCAACGAUACCUCCGCCGCCGUAUCGAUCGAUAUGCCAGCUGGCCCAUCUGAAGUGCUAGUUAUUGCAGAUAAAACAGCCGAUCCCGCCUUUGUGGCCAGUGACCUGCUCAGCCAAGCUGAGCAUGGCACUGACAGCCAAGUAGUCCUGAUUGCUGUUGAUCUGGAUGAGAAGCAACUUCAAGCGAUUGAAGACGAGGUGCACAAGCAAGCGUACGAACUCCCUCGAGUGGAUAUUGUUCGUGGCGCAAUCGAACACAGCGUGACUAUCUCGGUUGCCAGUCUCACAGAAGCUUUAAAAUGGUCGAACUACUAUGCUCCUGAACACCUCAUUUUGCAAAUCACUGACCCUCGCGUCGCAUUGCCUGAUGUUCAGAAUGCAGGGUCCGUCUUCCUUGGGGGUUGGACACCCGAGUCUGUUGGCGAUUACUCUGCUGGCGUGAACCACAGCCUGCCAACAUACGGCUACGCGAAACAAUACAGUGGUGUAAACCUCGGCAGUUUCAUGAAAAACAUUACCAGCAGCGAAGUCACAGAGCAAGGUGUUGGUGAAGUAGGUUAUGCAGUUAUGGAACUUGCAAGGUGUGAAGGCCUUGAUGCGCAUAGACGAGCCAUGGAAAUUCGGAUGGAGAAACUUGGACUCGUCCAGAACAACGUCUCGCAAUCGGGUAACACUCCAGCCAGCACUCAGCAAGAGGAGAAAAGACCCGAAGUUGAUGUUGAGUUACCAAAGUAG